AUGGGGGCGGCGGGCCCUACCUCAUCUCCCUCCCGGGCGGCUUAUCAACACCCCCUCGCCCCUCCGGAUCCGGCGGCGCGAAAUAUCCUCCUCCCAAGCUCUUUUCACCGCCUCAGUCGGAAACGCGAGGAGCACCUCCCUGCGGAGGUCCUCCAAAAACGCGCGCAAAAGGCGCUUUUACGUCAACUUCAGCAGGAGGUAUUGUGGGAGGGAACGGUUCUUGAUGAGCCCGAUCAUCACCUCGUGCAGCACUUUUUAAAGCUUCAUUCAAACCCGCGUUAUCGUCAAGCUCGUCGGAUGAUGGUAGUGGGCGGGCGGGAGAUGAUUCGCGAGCUCUGUGAGCGAGGCUACUCCCCUAAACACCUCUUAAUUACCUCGGGAAAGGAGCUUCCGGAGUGGACGUCGCGGCUUCACGCGACCGAUCUCGUGCGGGUGGAUCGCCCGAUCGCGGAGAAGUGCGCGCCUGGAAAUGAUGGUUACAUCGGCGAUUUCGACCUCCCCCCGCCCCCGUUGACGGAGAUGUUAAUCGCGAAUCAACAUCGCCUGCGGCGGGUACUCGUGCUCGAUAACGUGGACGAUCCCGGGGUGCUCGGGGCGAUCCUGCGAUCCGCGGUGGGGUUUCAAUACGACGCGGUCCUCACGACGAAUCACUGUGUGGAUUUGUACGAUCACCGGGUCGUGCGGGCGGCGCGUGGGGUUCAUUUUCAAACCGGCGUUCCCAUCUACACCCUCAAGGAGGAGGAUGGGGAUGAUGUCUAUGGUAUGUUAAACCAUGUGAUUCAGCGGAACGAUCUCCUUCCGGUUGCGUUUGCGCCCGAGGAGGAUGAAACGGAAGGCGGGACGGGGGGGGGGAUCGCCGCGUGCACGCCUGGAGGGUCGACGAUGCACUUCCUUUCCAACGUGGUGGGGGCGGCGCCGGUUCCGCUUCCCCGUUCGAAGAUCCCAUGUGGAAUCCGCGAUACCCCUUUACGAGAGACGCUUUCGGAGUUUUCCCUUCGCCGUUUUGGCCGGCAAGAGGUCGGUGAGGAUCGGGGGUAUAUGCUGAUCGCCGGCCCCAACCACACGCGAGAGAUGAUGCGGCGGCUAUCCCAGCGCGUCGUACGCCCCCUCACGCAGUUACUUCUCGACAGCCUGCCAAGUUCCCCGGAUAUGUUGAUUUCGCUUUCCAUCGUGUUGCACGCGUUGCGUCCGUACGGGGACUGGAAUUAUAUGCCGCUGCCCCAGGCGACGGAACCUUCUUCGAUGGAGUUGCAAACCCGGCGGGCCUCCGUCGAGAUCGGGCCCAACCGUCUCUCGCUGAGCACGCGAAACCUUAAUCUGGACGAACGCGCGCAACAACAACUCGCCGAUCAUCGAAACGAAUAUCGAAAAUGGAAGCGUCUUCACAAAAAGCAGAGGAGCGACUAUGAAAUGUGGAUGGAUGCGGAAACCGCUCGUGUCGAGACACUCCUGCAUAAUGAGAAGGAACGGCGCGUGAAUCCGUUUGAUCCACGACGACAGCGGACGGCGAACCUGAAAGGGGCAAAGGGCAUGCCCAAUUGGGUGCCCAACAUCAUGGAUGAAUACCGGAUGCCGCUGGAUCGUGAUCGUUUAAGAAAGGAAAGUGAAUGGGCAGAAACGUUCACGCGGCCCUCUAAUUAUAUGAAUAAAGAAGCAACCAAACGACGUCCCUCUAAGAUGUAA